GCAUGCAGUGCACGAAAAUAACAGGAGCUGUGAAAUAGUUGGCCAGCGCAACACGUCAUUUUGCAACGUAUUUGGGCUUAUUUUGAUUGCGAUAGCUACCUUUAUUGAUCAUGUACGGGGUAUAUGAAUAGAUCAUCCAGCCUCAGUACCUGUGGAAGAUAUACCAGUCAACAAUUAUGUUAUUUUUAUUAAAUGAAUUGUGAAUUGCAAACAUUUUCACGCACCGCCUCUAGCUAGAUUCAGAUAACCACACAGCACUUCCUUGUUCUGUUUCAGCUGGAAAUCAUCGAGCGUCAGAUACUUGGCCCCGAACUGCAGGGGCGGAACUCUUGUUGUGAGCCUUCUGGAGCUGCGGUACCAGAUAAUCGUGAUAUCUCGCUUUCAAAGCUUUCCUGCAAUAAAACAAUGCCGAGAUCAAACGUGUAUGCUUUAGAUCAGUAUCUACAUUCCAAUUCUAUUAUUACUCAGAAUAUCUCUGAGUAUCAGCCUUUUUGAAUUUGCUCAUACCUUGCGCUAAAAUAAUGUUAACUUGUCAGUUAAUUGUCUUGUCUUCAUCAUCUAUUCUUGUCUCGAUUUACUUAACUGUCGCGUUGCCAUAGACAAUUAGAGUUCUUGGCCAAUCUUGGGACUUUACACGAUUUGUCUUUUAUCUUACUGUCGAAUCAAACAUAAACAAUAGUUUUCAUAUUUGUGGAUAAAUUGGUCUACAUUAUUGUACAUGGAUCCUGAAAGUGAAAGAGUUGAAUUUCAUUCCUGGAUGUGAUUAUUGAUCACCAAACUUCAAAGAUCUAGACCUACAUCGAGAUUAUUUUACAUUUUAAGAAGAGCCUGUGACUGAAACCAGUGAUCCAUCAUGUCGCUGAAGGAAAACUUAGAGAACUUUCUUGAACACUAUGAAAACAUGGCUGAUCUGUCUUCAUCAUUGGAUGGAUCUGAUUCAUUUGAACUUGAGUUCAAUCACCUGAAGCAGAUUUCACAAAGGUACAGAACUGAGAAGGUCUAUCCAACAUCAGCAGGAGAGAGUGAUGUCAACAUGAGGAAAAAUAGAUACAAAGAUAUUCUUCCAUUUGAUCAUUCAAGAUACUUGUUGAGUCAGAUUGACAACGUAGAGGGUUCGGAUUACGUCAAUGCAAAUUUUCUUAAGGGUGCCGCCAACGACCAUACAUACCUCGCAGCACAGGGCCCUCUCCCACACACUGUCAAUGAGUUUUGGAGGAUGCUAUGGGAAUGCAAUACAGAAAUCAUUGUCAUGGCUUGCAAUGAGUUUGAGCUGGGAAGGCACAAAUGUGAACGGUACUGGGUAGAUGAAGGAGAGGAGCACUGUUUUGGAGAUAUACUUGUGACACAAAUAGGCCAACAAAGAGUAACCAAAGACUUCAUGAUCAGAACCUUGAAAGCUACCAGGGACAAAGAAGAGAAAAUCUUCAACCAGUUCCAUUACACAGCCUGGCCCGACCAUGGAGUCCCUACAUCAGUCAAACCUAUCUUAGAUAUGAUCAAACUAGUCAGAGAGUACCAAACAGCAGAGGAACCUCCUAUAGUUGUCCAUUGCAGUGCUGGUUGUGGAAGAACAGGAACAAUAUGCGUCAUAGAUUACGUCAGGAAUGCUCUUCAAUUAGAGAAAAUUGACCAGAAUUUCAGUCUGUAUGAUAUCAUUGUGGAGAUGAGGAAACAGAGACAUGCCAUUGUGCAGACAAGGAAUCAAUAUGAGUUGGUGCACAGAGCAGUGGUUGACAUGUUUCAGGCUCAUCUAGGCAUCAAACCUGAGGAUUAUGGUCACAACUAUGAAAAUGUUCAACUCAAGCAUGAACACUUUGAGCAGCCGAGAAUGCCACCCAAGGUACCUGGGCAGAGUGGAGCAGCAGCAGACAAGAGAGACUCCUCAAGUCAUAAUUACGUCAACUGCAAUGUGACACCCAAAGGAGUGUCCGUAGAUUCACCAGAGCUACCAAUGCCUAAAUUACCCUCCGGACCACCUAAAUCCUCAAGAGGUUCUGACAGCCCAGAUGGUUCCAUUUAUGCCAACUGUGAUGUUGGUGCUACAUCAGGAGACUCUGGCAAGCCAUCAAAAGAUGCUUCCCAUCCUAGUAGUAGCAAGCAAACUUCACAGGCAAAGCCUCGUCCUAGCCCUGAUGACCGCUUCAAGAGCAACUUCAAGGCAACACUGUCAGCGUUUAAGGAUAUUGAGUUCGAUGUUGGAGGAACCCAGACGACACCAUCAUCACCAACUCCCACUUCUGUGGUCCUAACCAAACCCAAGCCAGGUCAGGCUGUGAAACCUGGUGCUCAUGCUAAACCACAUAUAGCAGGGAAGCCCAAGACCAAACCAAGCCCACCAGUCAAACCCAGCUCGGUGGAUGUUAAUGCUAAACCUGUAUCAGAGAAAACCGGGAACGGGGAGUUUUUCAAAGCGAUUGCCACAAGACAAAAUUCCAAUCCAGCUACAAGGUCAACACCUGCUAAGGAUGUCUCUCAUUCAGCAGCUAAGAACACUGACAAGAAGGAAGCGCUCAGACUACCCAUCAAGCCAACAAGGAAUCUAGAAAAGAGUAAAUCAGAAGGAGAUAGGGGAAUGGUUUCCCCUGGAGUACGGCAAGGCCCUAUUAAACCUGGCUUUAACAAAGGGAUUUCUAAAGAUCGCCCAUCACAACCCCCACCUAAACCACCUGCCAGUGCUAAACCCCCUUUACAAAGAGCCAAUGGUGAAGACAGGACCAGUGUCAAGGGUAGACACGACUAUGAAGAAGUACACAUAAGUCCUCCACAUGAUAAGGUCAAGGACACUACAGAGUUACCAAGCAGUAAGAACUUUAGGGGUUCACCCACUCAGCAGAUGGACUCUUUUGAUGCCAAGGAUAGUGGCAUCAUAAGGAGAAAGACAGAAUCGCUUCGAAAGCUCUCUAGCGGCUCGGUCCAAUCCUCCGGGUCUGACAGCAGAUCCUCUCGUAAGAACUCUGAUGAGUAUGCUUACGUACAGCAGCCAACGAGCAACAUUGAUAAGCUGUUAAAGAGUGAAGAAGGUGCAGCGAGUCCAAAGGCGGCAUCGGCCAUGUACUCUGAGGCAUACUCUGAAGUCUCCAGCUCCCCCAACAAGUCUGGACAGAGAAUGUCUGCUUCUUCCAAAGAGUACAGCUAUGUGGAUACCAGUAAGAUUGUAGCACCGGAGAAACCCAAGCGGGGGGAGAGUGUCUCUGGUGGAAAUGGAGAUGCAGCUUAUGAUCUGGUAGGAAUACCCAGUCAUGAUGGUACCUUUGAUUCCUUCAUGGAUACAGACAGCACAUACUCAGCAACAGGAGAGAGCUUAGAUGACAUGGGGAGUGACAUUCCUGUGCUACCAGCUAGGACUGCACAGUCUUAUCAACUAGUAGAUGAUGAAGAGAAAGAUAAAGAUGAGAAGGCGUCAGGAGGAGGUAAGAGAAACAAAAUAAAGGCCCGACUUGCCAACUCAAGAGAUAUCAUUGGUGAGAAACAAGGCAAGAUAGUCAACAAUACCAAAGGACUCUUCAAAAGAAUUGGAGUGGCCUUGAAACCAGAGACGAGUCACAUGGCUCCAUGCCCUGAACCGGAUACAGCUAAACCAUCGAAUAUCAAUGAUUUAUUAGAGAAAACACUAUUAGAUUACAAACCUGCUUAUAAGGAAGGUCCUGUAAGCUAUAAAGACCAAGAAAUUGGUUUUCCAAAGCGAGUGGCCAAUCCACGGCGCCCAAGGUCUCCUCCCAGUAGCUGGGGGGUGCGGAGCGCUCAGGUCCACUUAUGAGCUGCGUCUGCCUGCCUGUCAUUCACUCUUGGGGUGAUGUGGAUACGAAAUGAACUCCAGAAGUCGUGCUAGUCAUUCUUCAACUUGUCUUUGAUAAGUCACCGUUGGUCAUUCAAGUGUUAAUCUGUCUUUGAAAAGUUUGAACAAUAAAUUGGGCCAAGGCAAGAAGAACAUUGUCGCUUUCCAUUUUGCCCCCCAAAAAAUGCUAACUUUUUCAGACUUGGUUCUUAAAAAUUGGGCAAAGAUCUAGAACAUCGUUUUGUUGGAGGAAAGGUCUUAUUUUUUCAGACUGAAAAUUCUUUCAUGGAAAUCAAAUUGUUUGAAGAAUAUACUCAGAUCUUUCAUGCAUGAUUCUAGACAAUACAUGUUUUUGUUUUCAGAUUAAAAUGAUUAAUUCUUAAAACUAAAAUGAAUAAGGCUGUCAUUUUUCAAAUUUACAUGAUAUGAAGGUACUCUGAUACAAGAUUCUUUCUAUGUGAUCGGGAAACAGGAAACAACUUGAUUUGAUUUUCUAUCAAUAAAGAGCAAUGUUGCAAAGAUGUUAAAUGGUAAUCCUGUACGGGUGUCUGCAAGGUAAUUCAAAGCUCUGUGCUCGUCAUUGCACUUUACAUGGGGUACACUAUAGUGCAUUAGGAUAUGCAAUGCUUCCAUGAUAAGGCUCUCAAACCAUCAAGAAGUCUAUGCACCAGGUUUCAGUUUACUUCAGCCACGCCUAGAAUGACUAAUGUUGAUUAAUGUCUUGUCUACAGACCAUCAUGCCGAGGUUUGAACUAAGGCCAGUUGAUCUAUGAUCCUGAAUCAUAACCACUAGGCCAAGACAUCUCUACUAUCCUUGAUAUGACAACAAAAUACAAAGCAAUAUGCUAAUUUUCCCCAUUUUAGAAGAAUUUAUAUAGCCUGUAUCCUUUUUCUUCCACAGUUAUAAUCAUCAUACUGAUGAUAUAAUUUAUAAUGAACAAAUGUUAUUGCUUUCUUUCUUCAAUGCAAGAUAUCUUCCAAAAUCUGUAUUGCUGUUUUAAAUCUUUUUUGCGUCAAACUCUUUCUCUCUUUUGUAUGAAUUUUGUAACAGUGAAUUGCUAUUAUAUCUAAUUUUCAGAUUGUCUUAUUGAGUACCAGAAUAAAGUAUAUUCUGUCAGAAUAAUAUAUACGGUAAUGCACAAACACGAGGCAGAGUCAAAAUGAAUAUAUCAAAUGUCAAAAGAAAUGUUCUUGUUUGAUGUCAUAUCCUGUAAAGUAAUAAUUUAAUCUUUCUAGAGCAGAAUUACUGUUACUACCACAAUGUCUAUAUCACAAGAACAUUGUAUCUUGAUAAAUGCAUUUAUUUUUUCUUUCUCAGUUAUUAUUCUCAUAUAUGCUUACGACUAUUUUUUGUUUGUUAUGGUGCUGAAUCUAAUAACAUCUGUUAAUCACACAUUGAUAUAAGUGCUUUCAAAUUUGUAUAUUUUAGUAAUCUAUUGUCAUUUUUUUAUUGAAUUAAUCAUGGACGAAUGUUCACAGGUAUAAAUUAUUUGCAGUCUUGAUUUCAUUAUGUUUGUGAGCAGUCCCAUCAUUAUAUUAAUUAAAUGAGCAUAUAUUAUCAUGUUUUUGUGACAUAUUUGUUAUAUAUGUAUUACACUACAAUUUGGGAUGGCUGUGCCAUGUCGAUCUUUUAUAUUUCACAAUGUAUUUGAAUAACAUUGCUGGUCAAGUCAUAUUUUGUAUGAGAACACUAUAUGUAUGUGUGUAUUUAAGUAUAUGAAACUUUCUGUAUUAGAAGAGAAUAUACAUGUAUGUAAAUUACAUUUUUAUAGAAUUUUGUAAGUUUGUAGUUCUGAUUUUAUGUAAUUUGCAAGUAAAGUGUUGGUGUUACAUUAAUUUUUUCUGUCAAUAUUCUAUCUUUCAAUAAAGGGCAAUGGAAUAUUAUAGAAUUUCAGUGUCAUUUGGGUUUCAUAAAACUCUUGAGUAACAUAUUUAUAAAGAAAUAGAAAGUCCUAUACAUUCAAUAAUCUCUAUCUCUUCCUGCCCCUACCCAAUUCAUUCGUAAUGCCGUUUCCCAUUUUUCUACGUGUAAUUAUGUGCUUUGAGGUUCAGAAUCAUAGUUUUGUUUUAUGUUAAACCUGGGCCCUGUAACACAAAGAGUUGCAAUCCACUGUAUCCCCCCCAAAAAAAAAACAAAAAAAAAUUGUUAAUCUGCUUCAAUCAGUUCUAACUUUACAUUAAAUAGUAACUCAGGAUUGACUUAUGUAACAGAUAUACAAUACAUGGUAAUGGUAAGCUACAUUGGAGAGGUAAUAUAUUUGUACACUGAAUGGAUUGUAAGUCGACUGCUGUGUUACAGGGCCCUCGUCCAGGAACUAAACUUGAGGUAUACAUCUGAAUUAAUCUUUUCCAUUUUUAUUUUUUUUUUUUGGGGGGGGGAGGGGUCAUCAGGUGGAGAUGUAAAAAUAUGUUGCUACCAUGAACUUUUGAUUUUAGACUGACUAUGCACAGAUAAUGGCCUAUGCAACAUCAUGGCCGUUUGUUAUAUAUAGAUUAGUAAUUUUCAUUAACUUCUUCUCGUAAUGGAUGAUUACCGGUAUAUUUGUGUUGGAUAUGUUCAACCUUAUUGUUGACCAUGUUCCCUUGCAUGAACUACUCUCAAUGAUACUAUUUUCACUUCUAUUCCAUCUUGAUCACAACUCAAUCAAAUUAGAAAAAAUAUUAGGUAACAGUACAAUCUCAAUAAUGUUCCUAUAAUAUUGACUAUAUUAUACAUAUGUAAAGGUGAAUGAAACAUACCUAACAACUCAUUUUAGCAAUAGAUUAACCGUUUCUAAUUGUCUGCAAAUUUCAAAAUUAGAAUAUAUCCUUUUAGUAAUAGUCAUCAUGCUGCUUACUUUUUUACUCCAAAUUAUAUGUAGUUGUACAGUUCUAAUCAUGGAGGAUUGUUUGAUUGUAUUUGAAGAAACAAACAUAUGUAUACAUGAGGGAAUAUAUAAUUAAUGAAAAUGUACACUUCAUAUGAUGAACACUAUAUGAUACCCGAGUGUAAUAUACAAACAUAUUGCUAUGUGCUAUGUAUAUUCAUGUGGAAUUGGGACUGAACGUGAGCAAUUUAUAUUAAAUGUACAAGAUUUCUUUUUGAAAAUGUACAGUUCAUUAUCUUUUUAAUAUGUAAUGCAAUAUAUCUAAUGGAAUUGGGGCAGAUGAUUAUGUUGAGAUUUUACUUAAAGAGAGAUCAUGCAAAUGCUUUUUUGUGAAUGAUUAAAGGAUAUAAAAAGGA